AUGAGAAGCCCCCUGCAGGGACUCACCCCCUCCCGCCGUGCCCAUCUCCAGGGCAGCAAGGAGCGGUUUCACUGGCAGAGUCACAACGUGAAGCAGAGCGGCGUGGACGACAUGGUGCUGCUGCCCCAGAUCACCGAGGACGCCAUCGCCAGCAACCUGCGCAAGCGUUUCCUGGACGACUACAUCUUUACCUACAUCGGCUCGGUGCUUAUUUCCGUGAACCCUUUCAAGCAGAUGCCCUACUUCACUGACCGCGAGAUCGACCUCUAUCAGGGCGCGGCCCAGUAUGAGAAUCCUCCACACAUCUAUGCGCUCACGGACAACAUGUACCGGAACAUGCUCAUUGACUGCGAGAACCAGUGUGUCAUCAUCAGCGGCGAGAGCGGAGCUGGGAAGACCGUGGCAGCCAAAUACAUCAUGGGCUACAUCUCCAAGGUGUCUGGCGGGGGCGAAAAGGUCCAGCACGUCAAGGAUAUCAUCCUGCAGUCCAACCCCCUGCUGGAGGCCUUUGGCAACGCCAAGACCGUGCGCAACAACAAUUCCAGUCGCUUUGGCAAGUACUUUGAGAUCCAGUUCAGCCGCGGCGGGGAGCCGGAUGGGGGUAAGAUCUCCAACUUCCUGCUGGAGAAGUCCCGCGUGGUCACGCAGAAUGAAAACGAGAGGAACUUCCACAUCUACUAUCAGCUGCUGGAAGGGGCCUCCCAGGAGCAGCGGCAGAACCUGGGGCUCAUGACACCCGACUAUUAUUACUACCUCAACCAGUCGGACACCUACAAGGUGGACGGCACCGACGACAGGAGCGACUUUGGUGAGACUCUGAGCGCCAUGCAGGUCAUCGGGAUCCCGCCCAGUGUCCAGCAGCUGGUCCUGCAACUUGUGGCUGGAAUUCUGCACCUGGGGAACAUCAGCUUCCGUGAAGACGGAAACUAUGCCCGGGUGGAAAGUGCAGACCUCCUGGCCUUUCCAGCCUACCUGCUGGGCAUUGACAGCGGGCGGCUGCAGGAGAAACUGACCAGCCGUAAGAUAGAUAGCCGCUGGGGCGGCCGUAGUGAGUCCAUCGACGUGACCCUCAACGUGGAACAGGCAGCCUACACCCGCGACGCCCUGGCCAAGGGGCUCUACGCCCGUCUCUUCGACUUCCUCGUGGAGGCCAUCAACCGGGCGAUGCAGAAGCCCCAGGAGGAAUACAGCAUCGGCGUGCUGGACAUCUAUGGCUUCGAGAUCUUCCAGAAAAACGGCUUUGAGCAGUUCUGCAUCAACUUCGUCAAUGAGAAGCUGCAGCAAAUCUUCAUUGAACUCACCCUGAAGGCUGAGCAGGAGGAGUAUGUCCAGGAGGGCAUCCGCUGGACCCCCAUUCAGUUCUUCAACAACAAAGUCGUCUGCGACCUCAUUGAAAACAAGCUGAGCCCGCCUGGCAUCAUGAGUGUCCUGGACGACGUGUGCGCCACCAUGCACGCCACGGGCGGCGGCGCCGACCAGACGCUGCUGCAAAAGCUGCAGGCGGCCGUGGGCACCCACGAGCACUUCAACAGCUGGAGCGCCGGCUUCGUCGUCCACCACUACGCCGGCAAGGUGCACCCUCCCCCGCCGCGCCCUCUCCCCGCGGACCCCGGGGGCGCAGC